AUGAUUACAGAUCUUGGCAAUGGAUGGCGUCGCUAUGGUGACGCUGCUAUCAAGCUAUUUUCAGAGAAGAAGAACUGGACCGAUGCUCGUAAACAUUGUCAGUCGUUAGGUGGUGAUCUUCUCUCCAUUACCAGCUCACACGAAAACGACUUUGUGAAUGAAGUCUUUGUGAAGCAGCUGAACUUGUCAUACUUCAGAGAAGAUUAUCCAGAUUUUGGGACGCCAUCUGAAGUCUGGAAGCUGAACCAAUCCGAUUCAACUGUAAAACUGUUCGGACCACCUGACAAUGUGCUGUACAAAGCCGUUAAUGGAGAGACUGCUUUGUAUUUUAGUGGUAAAGAGGGAUAUGCAACUAUUCCUGCAGUCAAUAUCAGUUCAGAGGGAUUUACCAUUUCAUAUUGGAUGAGACCCUUCCAUGACAAUAGAGAGGGAGUAUGGAUACACAUUCUUCGUCUUCUAAACCAGCCUCUUUCAUUGAAAACUCCAGCUAAAAUUGUGGAUUGCUUCUAUCGUAGUGGACUUCUUUCUACACGCCUUGAUAUACAAGGCUUUAAUACAAAGUCUAUUACGAUUUUUGAAAACAACACAUGGAUGCAUGUUGCUCUCAGUGGUGAYAAGUCAACGAAUUUGUGGUAUUUCGUAAUCAAUGGGAUAAAUGAAGUCACGUGGUCGGGAAGCACUUUCCUGUCGAUCACUGGGAAGGAAAACUUCCUUCUGGGAGUAAAGCACGCAGUUGAUUUGUCAAGAGGAAUAACCUUCCGUGGGUAUCUAAAAGACAUUAUGGUGAUCAACAAGCCAUUGGGCACCAAUAAGAUACAAACUAUUACGUUCUGGAAUAAACAUGGUGCGUGGAUUGGUCUCAACGAUCAAGCAGACAACUCCCACCUGAAGUGGUCUGACGGUACCCCUGUUGGUCAGUUUAUGCCAUUCUAUAAAGUCAAGCCAAAACCAGCCCUAUCUGGUCGAAAAUGUGUGGUUAUUGGAAGGCAUGGGAAAUGGUUUGAUAAAUUGUGCAAUAUGGAAURUCCAUUUAUUUGCGAGAAGCGGUUAAACGAUUAAAGUUGGCCAAUUUUCAUUGUUGAAAGUUUUAGAAAUUAAGWAAWUCAAGUUAAAGUGCUUUUUAAAAAUUGUAUAUAUAGAGGAUAUUAUAUGG